AUGUCAGCCAGCAAGCAGACAGCGGAGCCUGCAGGCAACACGAAAGUACAACUGAAAAAGGAGGAGUACACUGAAGUUCCAGGUGAUGAUCUGCUUCCACCAGUCCACCUGUUAAAUCUGAAACCAGCACGAGAUGGUCACCUCAACAAGAAGGUUUUUGGAAGCCCACCAACAAACAAACCAUCAAACAAAACCAUCAUGGUUGUUGGUGCCACUGGAUCUGGCAAGACCACCCUCAUCAACGGCAUGAUCAACUACGUUCUUGGAGUUGAAUGGAAGGACAACUGGAGAUAUAAACUGAUAGAUGAACAAACUAACACAACACAAGCCUGCAGUCAGACCUCGGAGGUGACAGCCUAUGAGAUUUACCACACAGAUGGAUUCCAAGUUCCAUUCUCUCUCACAAUCAUUGACACUCCAGGGUUUGGGGACACCAGAGGAAUCAAACAAGACAAAGAAAUCACAGAAAAAAUAAGACAGUUUUUCUCAGUCAAGGGUGGAAUUGAUGAAAUUGAUGCAGUGUGCUUUGUAGUGCAGUCUGCGUUAGCUCGUCUGACACCCACACAGACAUACAUCUUUAAUGCCAUCCUCUCCAUUUUUGGGAAGGACAUCGCAGACAACAUCAUUCUUCUUGUGACCUUUGCUGAUGGCAAAUCUCCCCCAGUACUGGAGGCAAUCAAAGCUGACAACAUCCCAUGUGCAUUGAAUCCAUCAAAUGGCUCCCCUCUUCAUUUUAAAUUCAACAACUCUGUGCUUUUUGUCAAACAUACAGCAAACGAUGAAGAGAACAUCUUUGAUACCAUGUUCUGGAAUAUGGGGAAAGCCAGCAUGAAUAAAUUCUUCACUCAUCUAAACACGAUGAAACCCCAGAGUUUGACCCUGACAAAGGAAGUUCUCGAAGAGCGCAGACAGCUUGAGGCAACUGUUGAGGGGGUGCAGCCAAUGAUCCGGGUAGGUUUGUCUAAACUGGAGGAAAUAAACACCACAAGAGGGAUACUGCAAAACCACGAGACCCACAUGAAGGCAAAUGAGGACUUUAAUUAUGAAGUAGAGGUUGAAAAAUCUGAGAAGAUUGAUAUUAAAUCAGGAACCUUUAUCACCAACUGUCAUGGGUGCAACUUCACCUGCCACUAUCCUUGUAAGAUACCAAAGGAUGAAGACAAAAGUGGCUGUGCUGCAAUGAAAGAUGGAAACUGCACAGUGUGUCCCAACAAAUGCAUCUGGAGUGAUCAUUUUAACAUGACUUACCAAUGGGACACACAACGUGUAACAGAGAAGAGGACGUAUCAGGAUCUGAAGAGUAAAUAUGAGACAGCACUGAAUAAGACGAUGACUACAGAGAAAAUCAUUACACAACUGGAAAUUGAAUGUGUGCAGGUGCAGAAGAAAGUUGCAGUAAUGAUGGAGACUUCAGCUAAAAGCCUGCAACGUCUGAGAGAGAUUGCCCUUCGUCCAGAUCCUUUGUCUACUCCAGAUUACAUCGAUGUCCUCAUAGAGACAGAGAAACAGGUGGCCAAACCUGGAUAUCAGCAGCGUAUGAAAGAGUUACAUCAAAUAAGAAAAUCAGCAAUUAUUAUGGAUUCGGUGAAGAAGGGAAUACCUCUAUUUGGAGAAGACAAGUUAACAUGGAAGAACAUGAAGUCUACUGGCAAGGGCCUCUUCAACAAUUGGUAA